GGUUGCUUUGUUGUAGGCUUCUACCAGGUUUCCUACAGAAUUAGUAAGUGUGGAAAUGGAGCCGAGCUGGAGUACGUUUCUUUUUCAACAGGCCAAUGAAGCCCUCCACCACCAACACCAGGUGGCCCAGAACAGCCUGCUACCGCUUCUUAAUGCAGGAGCUGAACAAGUUGAUCAGAAGCCUGUCCUGCCCAUCCAAAUUGACCAGAAGCCUCCCGCCAGCGCUGCCGAUCUCCUGAAAGAUAAUGUGGCCAGCGGCGGAGGUGCACGGCCACACAUGCCCGUGAUAAAGAAGGAACACAAAGGCAAAACGCCCUUUGUCUGCGGCUACUGCAACAAGGCCUUCCGUGACAGCUACCACCUGCGACGUCAUGAGUCCAGCCACACCGGUAUCAAGAUGGUGUCACGGCCAAAGAAGACAGCCCAAACAGCCCCCACCAUGGUACCCAUGAUCUCCACCAUGCCGCGAGAGAACAACGGCAACCCUUCCUACAUCUCCACAGUAGCAGGCAUCCUCUCCACAGCAACCACCUCUGUUUCCUCAGGCACAAGUAUCAUGACAUCAUCUGCAAUGGGCAACUUGCCACAGCAAAAUGUCAUCAAGAAACCCGCCAAACCGGUCAAGAAAAACCACGGGUGCGAGAUGUGCGGCAAGGCUUUUCGUGAUGUCUACCACCUGAAUCGCCACAAGCUGUCACAUUCAGACGAGAAGCCUUUUGAGUGCCCCAUCUGCCAGCAACGCUUUAAAAGGAAGGACCGGAUGACCUACCAUGUUCGCUCUCAUGACGGGGGAGUCCACAAGCCCUACGUAUGUUCUGUGUGUGGGAAAGGCUUCUCCAGGCCAGACCACCUGAGCUGCCAUGUGAAGCAUGUGCAUUCCUCAGAAAGACCGUUCAAAUGUCAAGUAACGGCCUGUACCUCUGCUUUCGCCACCAAAGACAGACUCCGCUCCCACAUGAUCCGACAUGAAGGCAAGGUGACCUGUAGCAUCUGUGGGAAGAUGCUCAGCGCAGCUUACAUCACCAGCCACUUGAAGACUCACGGACAGACCAACUUUAACACCUGUAACAAAGACGGUAACGAAGUCUGUAAUUCUGCCUCAGCUACACCUGUGACUGUUUCUGCCCCCAUCACCACGGCGAUGAACCGGGGCAACUCCAACAACAACCCUGUCACCAUCGCUGCACAAAUGAACAUUAGCACUAACACAGUCAACAUCACAUCUCCAGUCAGCCUCCAGCACCCGGUCACCAUCACCGGGCCCGUCAACAUCGCCUCGGUCAACAUCCCGGCCACGGCGCCCAUGAAUAUUGCCCACCCAGUCGCAAUAACCACCCCCAUGCCUAUGAAUAUAGCCGGUCCGCUCAACAUCGCCAUGAGGCCAGUCGAUAGCAUGCCUUUUCUGUCCCAAGUCCUGCCUUCUUCUCCACCCUGGUAAAAGAGAGAGAAAAUUGAACUGGCCAGAGAGAAAGGGAAAAUGAAGUGAAACAAGAGACUCCUGUCCUCAUAAUUUGCACCUCGAGCCCAGCUCCCCCCCCACCCCACCCAACCCCACCCCUGAACACUGUUAACUUCAUCAAACCCUGAAGUGAAUUUUCGUGAGCUUCGCUGCCGGUAGGAGCUCCCCAAGUCACCGCCUGGUCCCCGCUGAUGUUACGUGACUGGCAUGAGAUGCAGGACACUUCAGUAGAAACCGAGUAGGAUUUAUCUGGAAAGCAGGAUAAAGCGUAAGACUUAGUGUAGUCAGUUAGAAAGAUGAAACUGUGAUUUGUAUCAUGACAAAUGAGAGGAGAGGAUUCCUCACACACCCUUGAGGACUCUGUAGGAAAACACACCUGUGCUUUUGUAAAAGGGAGUUGAGAAAUGGACUGAAGCAAUAACUAUGAAUUGCUGUUUUUGAUGUUUUACAAGUUCUCUCCCAAAGCUUCUGGGUGUUACUUUGUAUGUUGUUUUUUUUAACUAUAGCCUGCUAAUCACUAUUUAAUGUUAUAGGAAAUGAGUUUAGUAAAAGGGACAGCAGCUUCCACUUGCAUGGAAGAAUAUUUUUUCACAGUGCAUAGCUUUUUUCUUUUUCUUCUCAGAUAGUAGGUAUGCUCUUGAGGUACAGUGACUAACUUGUACAGUUGACAUAGUAAUGUAUUUUCACGUCAGCAGUUUAAUUUUUGCUUCUGUCGUUCGAGUGGACAUCUGGAAACUGUCCUCUUGACUAUGAAAUAUUUGUACUUUGUUUUCUGUUUGUUUGGAAACGCAAACGUUUGUUUUUAUUUGUCUUUGUUUGUAAUGUUAAUUUUUUCCAUGAAGUCAGAAUCGAACGAGUCUUGCACUGAAAGCAUAUCCUACAUACAGGUGAGCAGCAGUAUUAUCAAAGAUCAAAUUGAAGUCUUAAGUGUUUGGGAUAGCCAGUCUACACUUGAGGGCCAUCUAGUGGCUGAAAAUGGAAAGGCCCGGCCUUGUAGUGAAGCUUUUUCAGGCGGUUACUGUCAUCAUAAUGGUGACUAAUUAGUUUUGUCUGACUCUUCUGUAUACUUUUUUUUUAAUCAUUUAUCUGUGAUAGCCCCAAGAUGAUACUAAGGACCAUUCACUCAGGAAACGCACACAAAAGCCCAUCACUCAUGAACUUGGUUCCUUUUAAAUCAUUUGGCAUUGGUGAGUUCAAAGACUUGACCAGGCUCCAUGAGGGACAAGAAGUCCAAGAAUGAUUGAUUUUAAACAUAGCCGUCCAUUUAAAUGAUGACUUCCAGUACAAUGGAGAACAUGCUGUACCUUUUUACUCUUCCUUUAAAGUCCAGUUCAGUCUCGGGCCCGGAGUGACGUGGCCCAGAUCUGGAUGAGUUUGAUUAAAGAUGCAAGUUUGUGUCCAUUAAAAUAAUGGGACAGGAUUGAUGUUGCAUGACCCCCGAACACUAGCUGUUGAACAUCAACUAUUUUUACUGAAUGCCAUGUUAUCUCAACAGUGUUGCAGCUCUUUGAGUUGGUUCAGUUUAUACUGAAAAUGCAAUAUGCAUGUUUGUGAUUUUUCCCAAGUUUUUGUUUUAAACAAAAGAUUAGUGUAGCUUUUCUUUUUUUCUUUUUUUUUUUUUUUUUUGUUCUUAUGCAUUUACAUAGAUACACUAUGAUAGCCUGUUUGCCAAAUUUGAUACAAUAAUAAUGUGAUAACCUGAACCUUUCUUGUGGAAUUGAACAUCUCUUAUUUUUAAGGAAAAAAAUAAUUGGAAAUUCCAGGACCCUUGUGAAAGCAGUUGAAUGUAUAUCUUUGUACAAAACUAUUUUAGUUCCAAGAAUAUGGUAGUUACAAUAGAUGUGAAAGAUAAGAUAACCUUUUUUAUAAAUCUUUUGUAUUAGAACAUUAACAAUGGUAAUUUUGUAUAUAUGAGAGGCUAGGCUUUCUGAUUAGCAGAAAGGUCAAACAUUCCUACAUUUUUUUUAAAUGUAUGUUUGUCAAAUUAUUACAUAAACAUGCGCAAUGUUAUGUGCCUUUUAUUUGGGUUGUCUAAAUAAAAGAAAACUAUCAAAUGUG